CUCUAUCCUGUCUCCCAGCCCGGCAGCAAAACAUGGUCAAAGUAAAGUGUCACCGCGUGUUUCCAGUUUGUUAAAGACACGUAGCAGCGGUUCCAGAAUACACGCCACACUGCAGUACAUGUCUUUACUCUUAAGUUCAUUUAAAAACCUUCAGUCUUUACAUUGAUGUUUCUGAACAGCAGCAGCUCGGUGUGACAACAACCAACACUGGACCACUUGUUUUUUCUUUUCCACAUGAAAAGUUAGCAGGACGAUUCCCCAACAACAAAAAUUCAGAUGCCAACUUCAGCCCAAUGCAACCAUCCAUUGCCACAUAUCCUGUUGGUCAGGAAAGGGGCCAGAUAAAGUCAAAAGUAAGAAAUGCCAUCAAGAAACCAUCUUGACAAAAUUGGGAGGAAGAAGAAGAAAUGGACGGAGGAGGCCAUGGAGCGUGCCCUGGUUGAGGUGAAGUCCGGGAGGUGCACGGUGAGGCAGGCCGCCAAGGAGUUUGCAGUCCCCAAAUCGUCCCUGGGGGACAGAGUCAGUGGACGGGUGACACCGGGGAGCCGCAGCGGGCCAGCUCAGCUCAUCACAUCUGCUGACGAGGAGCUGCUUGUGGAGUUCUCCUUGCACAUGUCCAAGCAUGGAUUCCCACUCACCAAGCAGCAGCUGGUGUCCUUCGCUUCGUCCCUUUACAAGCGGCAGCAUCGGAGGGUGGCGUUCUCCAAACUGGGCCAGACCUGGUGGCUAAAUUUUAGAAAACGGCAGGAGAAGAACAUCGCCAUUCAGCCAGCGGACAAUGUCGUCCGUGGGAGGACAGUAUGUGUGAGGAAGGAAGCGGUGGACCAGUUUUUUCAUUUGCUGGGCACCGUCAUAGACGCUCAUGGGCUCGGAGACAAGCCUCACCAAAUCUUCAACUGCAGCGAGACUGGCUUUCAACUGGGCAGGAAGAGGGUGCUUGUCCCCAAACCGGCCAGUUUAGGCUGCAGGCCAGUGCUGGGUCUGAGGGACCACAUCUCCGUCCUGGCUUGCUUUAGUGCUGCUGGAGAGGACAUUCCCCCGUUUAUUGUCUACUCAAAGGCCUAUCCAGGGGGAGUCUGUUACAAGACACAAGGGCCCCCAAACGCCCUCUACGGGUGGUCCGGCUCAGGGUGUAUCAACUCGGACCUUUUUAAGAAGUGGUUCCUCAAACAUUUUCUUCUGCACGCACCAAAGCAGCGUCCCCUGCUGCUGAUUUUUGACGGCCACAAGUCACCGGUGAACCUUGAGGUGGUGGAGGCCGCUCGCAAGGAGGACGUCGUCCUUCUGUGCCUUCCAUCUCACUGCGCUCACAUCCUGCAGCCGCUCAACGCAGGACUCUUUGUGCUGCUGAGGCAGCGUUUCGCUGCGCUCCUAGGGGAAGGCUGCGCCACCGACACUCACUUUGCAAUAAGCAAGAAGGAGUUCUCAGGCGUAUUCAAAGGGACGUAUCAGCUAGCGAAGGAAGAGGAGGGUGCCAGGAUUGUCAAGGAAGGCUUUAGCAAAUGUGGUAUCUACCCGCUGAACCACUUUGUUGUCACUGAGGGACAUUUAAUGCCAUCGCACAGCAUGGGCCAAGCAGCUGACCCUUCCUUUGCCGCAUCAGCACAGGGGGUGCACACUGGAGGAGAGCUCACAGCAGCCGGACCCUCGUUGUAGCUCAUUACUACUCAUGACUGUCAAAUGGCCAAUUAGUAUCUCUGAGGAAGGAAGCUUCCUGCAGAUCGCUGUGUUUGUCAGCUCGCAGAAAAGAAUGUGUGGAUGUUUUCAACGUCUUGUUCAGGUUUAGAGAUUAAAUGUUGGAAUGCUGCUCAACGGUGGUUCACAGCUUGUGAGUCUAGAUAACACUAAACGAGAUAAAACAUUUUCAAAUCCAAAAAUAAAGAAAACUACAAGCUACGUUUCAGCUGUAUCAAACU